UCCAGCCAGAGCCACAGCCUUGCCCCCCAGGAGACUGAAGACAUGGCACCCAAGAAGGCCAAGAGAAGGGCAGUGGCAGAAGGCGGAAGCUCCAAUGUCUUCUCCAUGUUUGACCAGACUCAGAUCCAGGAGUUCAAGGAGGCCUUCACGGUAAUCGACCAGAACCGGGAUGGCAUUAUCGACAAGGAGGAUCUGCGGGACACCUUCGCAGCCAUGGGGCGCCUCAAUGUGAAGAAUGAGGAGCUAGAUGCCAUGAUGAAGGAAGCCAGUGGUCCCAUCAACUUCACCGUCUUCCUGACCAUGUUUGGAGAGAAGCUCAAAGGUGCCGACCCUGAGGAUGUGAUCACUGGCGCCUUCAAGGUCCUGGACCCUGAGGGGAAGGGCACCAUCAAGAAGCAGUUCCUGGAGGAAUUGCUUACCACGCAGUGUGAUCGCUUCUCCCAGGAAGAGAUCAGGAACAUGUGGGCAGCCUUCCCCCCCGACGUGGGAGGCAACGUAGACUACAAGAACAUCUGCUAUGUCAUCACGCAUGGUGACGCCAAGGACCAGGAGUAGGGGACCCUGUUAGGCCUCAGCUGGCCAAUGCCUU